CCACUGUGAACCUUCAGACCCGUCUCCGAUGGACCACUGGCCGUGGGCCACUGGCCUUGGCCCAUACAAGAACCUAGACAGACAGACCUAGACAUUAGCCCAUCCAGAACAACGCCGCCCAGUCACAUCCCAAAGCCCAGAUUCUCCUUGACCGGCGGAACACGGCAUGGGCAAAGCAACGGAGUCGGACAAUUUACUCCCUCGGCCCAAUCCCAAUCGCCCGCGGACACCCGCCCUCCCUCCUCAAAGGCCCUUCUCCUCUUUCGCAUUUCCCGCUCCCAAGGCCACGGUACAGCGUGGGCUGCAAUUGGUCCCUGCCCGGCUCGCCCGCCGCUCGAGUGCCACAGGGGACGCCGGACGACAGGCCGGACGACAGCUGACAUGGAGGCCCAGCAAUGGAGGCCCGGACACGCGGAUUGGGAGGGAUCCCCCUGGCAGACGGGCUUCCAGGUGGUACUGCUAUAUUGGGCAUGUGCGUACGUACAGGGACCCAGAGCCGGCCAGUGAACGCCGUCCCAGCGGACAGCACCCCCGGGGAGGACAGGGAGCCUGUAGGGGACGGGGUCCGGCGGGAUACUGCCCCGGAGGCUUCGUAGCGUGGCAGCCAGCAGCUGGAGUCCGAGUCCCCAGGCGUCCGGUUGUCCCGCUAUCCCGCUGGAAUAUACAUGGCCGGACUGGAGCCGCGCAUUGGGCCUUUUUUCUCUUAUUCUCUGUCUCUGUUCUUUCGUCUUGCAGCCGGGUUUUUCUUUUGGCGAAACCACAGCUCUGGUCAGACAGGAAACCACGUAUCCAGGGCACCACGAGGGGUGGCAGAGGCAAGGGACAAGGGCCCGGGAUCGAGGAAUAUUUGGGAUCGGAGGCACCCAGAAAAAAAGACAGCCGGGAUCGGGGGAUGUGAGCGACAGGGGGUUCACAUGGCGAGGAUGGGAGCUUUGGGAGCUUUUGGGAAAGCUU